CAUUGAUGCAUAACGAAAAUUAUUCAGCUAGAAGCGUUGUACUCUACAGUUAUUAACGGAGACCGAAAAACGUACCAACACAUAUAAUUGAAGAACAUGGCAGACGUCGCCGCUGGUGUUACUUCCACCUACGACCGUAUGAAAGAAGUCAAGGAAUUCGACGAAUCCAAGGUGGGUGUCAAGGGACUCGCCGACUCCGGCAUCACCUCAAUCCCCCGCUUCUUCGUUCACCCACCGGAGACUAUCUCCGACCUCAAGAAACCCUCUCAAGCUUGCACCACAAAAAGCAUACCGGUAAUCGAUCUAGCCCAUUUGAAGUACUCCCCCCUCGAACGACAGAAACUUGUUGCUGAAAUCAAAGAAGCAACGGCCACAUGGGGCUUCUUCCAAGUGAUCAACCAUGGCGUACCGGUCUCUGUCCUCGACGAAACGAUAAACGCGAUCAGAGCCUUCCACGACCAGCCUCAGGAGGUCAGGGCCAAGCACUAUAAGCGUCAAGACUCGCAGGGAGUCAUGUAUGCGACCAACAACGACUUGUACCGAGCCAAGGCAGCCACCUGGCAUGACUCGCUCGCGGUGUGGUUGUCGCCCGAGAAAGUACGAGCAAAGGAGGAGGAAAUCCCGGAGAUCUGUAGGAAAGAGGUGCUUGCAUGGGAAUCGCAUGCAACAAAGGUGGCUGAGGCUUUGUUCGAGUUACUGUCUGAAGGGUUGGGAGUGGAGGCUGGAAGGUUCAAGGAGCUGGGGUUUUUGGGCGGUAAAGCGCUCGUGGGCCACUGCUAUCCGUACUGUCCACGCCCAGAUCUGACGUUGGGGAUCACAUCUCACACAGAUUCCGGGUUGACGGUGUUGUUGCAGAACCAGGUGGCGGGAUUGCAAGUAAAGCAUGGCGAUGAGUGGGUGAACGUGAAACCCAUCCCUGGAGCUUUGACCAUCAACAUUGGCGACUCCAUCCAAAUAAUCUCCAACGACAAUUACAUAAGCGUGGAGCAUCGUGUUUUGGCUAAUCCAUGCAAGGAGCCUCGAAUCUCAAUAGUGAUGUUCUUUAAAGUGGGGAAUCGAGGCGAUUCUGAGUACUUUGGACCGCUGGAAGAACUAGUAUCUGCAGAAAAACCGCGUCUUUACCGGAAAUUCACAGUGCAGGACCUCCAAAAAAACUUUUACAGCAAGGGAUUGGAUAGCAAGUCAAUCAUUGAGCAAUUUAAGCUACCGAGAGAAGCGUAAAAGUCGGCAUGAUUUUCUACGUUUAGUUAUGUGUUUCUAAUGGACGUUGUUUUGUGUAUCUAUGUAAUUAUUAUGGAAAACUUUAUACAUAUUUUCAUCUCAUUAUGAUUGAUGUGGCACAUUUAUCACUAUUGAAUGAUCAUUUAUUAUAUGUUUCUUUAUCAUUAAA